GUGUCUACGUUUUUAAGCGAGAAUGCGGACCAAUCAGCGCGCAAAUACGGUGCAAAUAACAGGGGGCGGGGCUUGUAUAGGGCAUCGGAGCUCUGUUAAAUAGUGACAUCAAGAGAGGUUGAAUUUUAUUUACGUCUGUGCAGUCGUUGCGUUUGUAUCGUCGAGAUGCCACCAAAAACUAGCGGAAAAGCUGCCAAGAAAGCCGGAAAGGCUCAGAAAAAUAUCUCUAAAACUGAUAAGAAGAAGAAGCGCAGGAGGAAGGAAAGCUACGCAAUCUACAUUUACAAAGUAUUGAAGCAAGUACAUCCUGAUACCGGUAUUUCCAGCAAAGCCAUGUCGAUUAUGAAUUCAUUCGUUAACGAUAUUUUUGAGAGGAUUGCUGCCGAAGCAUCUCGUCUGGCUCACUACAACAAAAGAUCUACCAUCACAAGUAGGGAGAUUCAAACCGCUGUGAGACUUUUGUUGCCUGGUGAAUUAGCUAAGCACGCUGUAUCCGAAGGUACCAAAGCUGUUACCAAGUAUACAAGCUCGAAGUAAAUCGACUUUAUUUGUUGUUUUACUUUUUAUCAUCUAAACGGCUCUUUUCAGA